CCAAGCAGUUCCCUCGAGACGAACCAGUCCUGUGCAUGUUGUCUGAGAUUUAAGUAUCUAAAACAAUGAUUAGAAAGAAAUUAUUAUUUUUAGUUUUCAUUGAAGUGAUCGCUGCUUUAGACAAUAUACCAAAACACAGUCACAAAAUGCAGGGUAUUGAGAGUGGCCGUAUGAAACGUGCUAGUAAUAAUGCGAACACAACGAAUCCAUGCACACCUUAUGUUCCUCCCGUGCGAAAUUUCAACAAAAUGUCUAAGAGACUUAGCGAAGAAAAGUGCUUCGAAUAUAUUUGGAAAUUAAAAGUACGUGCUGAUGUGGAAAAAAAAGACUGGGACUGUCUGGUUUGGCGCAGCAAUAAUCGUGGUGACCACUUUGCAAUAGGGGGAAGAAUUACGGAGGUUGGGGAAUUUCCACACAUGGGCGCCUUGGGAUGGAAAGCCGUUGCUGGAACUUGGAUAUUUAAAUGUGGAAGUACAUUGAUAAGUGAAAAAUAUCUGCUUACUGCCGCUCAUUGCUCCCAAAUACCAUCAAGUGAUAGAACAGUUGCUGACACACGACCAAAAAUUGUAAGACUCGGUGACAAGAACAUUGUUGAUGUAUUCUACAAUGGACACAGGCCCAUGGAUGUGAGGAUAAAACGCAUAGUAAAUCAUCCAAAUUAUAAACCUCCUAAGAAAUACUUUGAUAUCGCUCUUGUUGAAACUGCGACAAAUGUGGUAUUUACCAAAUUCAUACAACCGGCGUGUCUUUGGAGUGAUUUCGAUACAAAAAAACUUGGAGCUCAAGCUACUCUUACUGGUUGGGGAGUUAUUGAGACCGCGGGUAGAAAAACAUCACCAGAGCUACAAGCUGCAGUAGUGGACAUCAUUGACUCAGGUCUCUGUGAUAGACUUCUGCGUCCCUCGUGCAAUAGACAUUGGUGUGGCUUGGAGUCUCAUCAGAUUUGUGCUGGGAAACUAGCUGGAGGAGUUGAUGCCUGUCAGGGUGAUUCAGGUGGUCCACUGCAAGUAAAAAUUCCUUUGCCGAAAACUUCUCAAGGUUCAAUGCACAAUAUAAUUGGAAUUACAUCAUUUGGUAUCGGAUGUGCCAGACCCAAUCUUCCCGGUGUCUACACCAGAGUGUCAAGCUUUGUCGACUGGAUCGAGGACGUCGUGUGGAGAGGACUUUAACAUCUUUUCUGAUGAAUUUACAAAACUUACAAAUAAAAAAAAUGUCAGAAAUACUUAUGAAGAACAUAUUUUUAAUGGAAAUAAAAUUUUAAAAAAGA